GCUGACAAACGUACAUUGAAGGUCAAAACAGGCGUGGUGAAGCGGCUGCGCAAGGAGCUGGACAUGUAUCAGCAGGAGGUGCAGACGGAGCAGGCCAAGGUGCAGAAGCUCAAGAAUGAGGGAGCGGACCCGCACGACAUCAAAUAUGCAGAGAACAUCCUCGCCGAGUCUAGUGCGAUGCUGCCCGACACUCGGCAACGCUUGGAGGAGGCCUUUCGUGAGCUGCAGGGCACAGCGGUGAGCUAU